GCCUGUGAACUAUGUGCACGCCUGAGGUCAGGCAGUGAAGACAGGCUAGGAGCUUGUUCUUGAAUAUAUACCUAUAAAGUUGGAUGCAUACGUGUGUGCACUGGGAUCUAUUUCCACAUCCCAAAUCGCCGUCGGCUAGUUUCUAGGAUCUGAACGAUGACCACCACUGAAGGACCGGAAAAAGCGGCUGCGAUUCCGCGCCUCGCCGAGCUGUUACGCCACCCUGAAGACUUGGACAAGAUUGCCGGACUGAAGCUAGAAUACCAGCGCAAGAAGGCAGCAAUCGACGCACAACUCCGAGAGGGCCUUCGAGAUCAGCUCGAAACUGUCCAACAAAGCUUGGCGAUUCUCACUGAGGGCCAGCGCCAAGUAUCAAAAACGCGAGAUGAGCUCCAAGGCAUCGAUAAACUAUGCGCCGAGUCACAGGCAACCGUCGAGGACUUCUCACACAUUGAUGAACUCGCAAGGAUUCAACGGAAUUUUGAAGCCGUGGUUAUGAUGAAAAGAGGACUGGAGAGCUUUGGUGCCGAUUUAGCAAGGGCUGAGAGUCUCCUGCAAGAGGAUGAUGAUCACAUUGAAAGCCAGCCUAAUUUACUCAAAGCCCACAUAUUAAUAUCCCAGCUCAGGGAUUUUCGGGAUGAGGCUUUGGAUCAGAUUCGGAGAGCCAACGAUGAAAGCAACGAAACAACGCUGGAGGAUUAUUUUCAGGGCCUUGAUUCGGUUAUCGAUUGGUUUGACGACCAUGUGGGAACCGCCUGCAUGAAUCUCAUUCCACUUGUACAAUCCGAUAACAACAGCAUGGUUGUCAGACUGGCGAUCGUUAUUGCAAAGGAAGAGAAGAAUGAUGAGCAAGUGCGGGCUUUGCAGGAGGCUCAAAAGGACCACGCAGAGCUGGCAAACCGAUUCAAGUCGAUGAACAUAGGUCCAAAGACGGUCAGGGGCUACAAAGAAAACUUCUUACAAGCUAUCGAGCUCUAUGCGCAGACCCAAUUUGAUGCUACCAAGGAAGAAUUCCUUGGCGAUCCCGACACCUUAGAAAAGAGCUUGAAAUGGUUUUUCAACGAUCUCUUCACCGUUCAGCAGGGCAUGCAGCAACUCAUGCCCAAGAAAUGGAAGAUAUACGCCACGUAUACAAAAUCUUAUCAUAAAUUAAUGCACGACUUCCUAAUUAACCUUAUUGACGAUUCCGAAUUGCCACCAGACAACCUAUUAGCAAUCCUGCAUUGGACCCCUAAGUAUUACAAGAAAAUGUCCAAGCUGGGUUGGAAGUCAGCUGACUUGAUACCUAACAUUCUCGAUGAUCGCGAGCUCGAACUCAUCCGCCAGUGGCAGAGUGUUAUUGUUGAUGCAGUGGACGAAUGGAUGGACCGCAUAUUCGCUACUGAGAGAAAGGCACUCGUCGAGCGCUCGCCAGAUGCAUUAGAAGCCAAUCCAGAGGGCCACUUCCGCACAAAGACUUUGGGAGACAUGUGGCGUAUGCUGAACGAACAAAUCGGAGCUGCGUCUGCGUCUGACCGUGCGGAUGUAAUUGAAGGCAUUAUUGAUUCCAUGUUCCGAGCGCUUAAAGGUCGUCAGACAGCAUGGCAAACAGUUGUCGAUGAGGAAUGUGCCAAAUACAAUAACACGAGCCCGGAACAAGCCGAAGGUCUACAGCCAUUGCAGGACUGGCUGAUCGCUGUCGCGAACGAUCAAAUCGCGUGCAUUGAUGACAACGAGGAAACAGGUCAAUUUGGAUACCUAACUCGCUUCAAGCGUGAUAUUGAGGCCCUUGUAACACCCAACUACAUGGAGGAAAGAGCUAUGGCUGAACUGGACGCCCUCCGUGACGGGUACGUCGAUCUUAGUACACACUGUCUGACUCAAUUUGCAAGUCUCAUCUUCACGGUGGAUUUCCGCACUACUCUCCCCGAAUUCUUCACUCCGAAGUGGUAUGGAGAGUUUGCAAUCAAGCGAAUCACAUCAACUUUUGAAGAUUACAUAUCAGAUUAUGCCUCUGUUUUACACCCCUCCCUCACUGAGAUCUUGGUCGAGGAACUGUCCGACGAGCUCCUGAUCCGUUAUCUAUCUGCAAUCCGCAACCGCGGUGUCAAAUUCCGUCGACAAGACCCAUUCACGGAGAAAUUUAAAGACGACAUCUUGACCGUCUUCGCUUUCUUCCAACGCUUCCCAGACUCCUUUCAAACGACGAUCAAACACAAAUGGCGACUGAUCGACUGGCUUGUUCGGUUGCUAGAGGCUGACAAGGGCGCUGGCGUGGUGGUCGUGUAUGAGUCGUUCAGAACCGAGUACUGGGAUUUGCAGAUGUCGUGGGUGGAGGCUGUCCUUCGCUCGCGCGACGACUUUGAGCGGUCCAUGAUCAAUUCUAUCAAGGCCAAGGCUGCAGAGUUGAAUAUUGAACGCGGCUUGGAGACCAUUAUGAGCAAGGUCAAGUAG